AUGGCUGCACUGAUGUCCGCUGCAUGGGAAUUUGGAUCUAUUCCCAGAAAGGUGAUGGGAUCAUUCCAAGGUACUGGUAUUUUCCUGCUGUCAAGGGACAAGAUGCUCUGUAAGAUCGUCGGUGCAGCCCCGACGCUUGCCAACAUGGCUCGUGUAGACAUUGUUCCACAGCAGAAGCGAAGGCACUUAAGCAAAAAGAAACUUACGAGCGGAGGUCUGCUCGGGAGAUAA